CAUAUUCUGUGUACUAUGGGGCUUUUUAUUUACCCCGAUUAUAAAGAAGUAUUCAUAGGAAUGUUUGUAACAAAGACGUGUUAGUAGAUCAGAAAUCACAUUAACUUAGAGAUGAGUAUUGGAGUAGAUCAGAGAGUAGAUCAGAAAUCACAUUAACUUAGAGAUGAGUAUUGGAACGAUAAGAUUGUUUGAAUGAUAUAAUCAAUACAUUUAUGCAUGAUUCUUGACUUUAUGAACUAUUUUAAUCAUUUUCAGUAAUACAAAAUCCAGGGAUGGUGUGAAGGCCAGACCCAAAUAAAUUAUAGCACAGCUCAUUUUUGAAAAGCCAGAUGGCACAACUUAUUUUUUAAAAAAUUAAGUCAAGGUUGAGAUUCCACUAUUAGACAUGAAACCUUGUUGCCUAAAGAUAAUGGUGGCAGACAAGGACAGUUAGGAUGAUAAAAAAUAAAGUUGAUAACGGGUAAUUACCUGAUUGGUUCACCUUUGAAAAGUUUCACUAUAAGUAGAGGCUGGAAAACACCAAGUUUUCAGAUGUUUUGGGGACUUGGAACAUCUCACUUUGUUUGACUUGUACAAAUAAAGUUGAAACUUUGACACCUGGACCUUCCUUGUCUGAGCAAUUUUUUGAGCUAGAAGAUCAACAUUUUCCACAACAUAUUUUUGGCGCCCAACGUGGGGCUGGGCAGAGGCUGAAGGCAUCGGACGACACCCGGGGGCGAAUCAUCCGGCUGACUGCACAGAUCAGUGCACUGCAUUACAGUUGCAUGGCUGAAGAGGGGCCAGGCCUUGAUUAUGAAAGAAGAGAGGCCUUUCAUACUAAGAUACUGACCCUAAGAAAAGUACUUUUUGAAACUAAGGGAAUUGGAAAUCAUUUUUGGGAAGAAGAUACAUACAUUGAUGCCCAGGGGAUAGAACAAAUUCUGUUAGAAGAAAGAAAAGACUGGUACCUGAGUCAACUGACAGAGAUUCGAAAUCUAGAAAUUGCCCAAUCGGAGUGGCCUUACAUAAAUUGGGAAGAGAUUGUUAAAAAUUGUUGUAAAGUAAAUGUAUUGAAUCACUACCUGAAUGAAGUCUGUGCUUACCAGCAUAACAGAUCUAAUUGUCCCUCAGGUCUGACUGCGAGAACUUUAUUGGUUCAAAGGAUCCCUAUUGGUAGGCUCACAGGGGCUUACUUUGAGAUAGGAGAGCUGCAGGGGUUUUCCUUAGGGCGAGGACAAACUGGGCGGCUUAUUGGUUUCCCCGAGGUGAGAGUCUAUGCAGAAACUCGAUAUGUAAAUUGGACAAGCAAGAUACUGUGUACUUGGAAUGAAAUUGGAGAAGUGGUUCCUCAACAGUUUGUGGCAGUAACUUUGAAAAAAUUGGUGAUGGAAAUAGCCCCAGAGAACCCUAGGUCUUGGUUUGCACCUUAAUGCUUAAAUAAACAAAUGAAAAACAUUUAAAAUCUCUGUAUUUUCACUUUAUAAUAAUACAUUUAAGAAUAAUACUGAUUUGUGCAUUGUUUUAAGUAUGUCAUCCACCCCUGUAGAUUUGUUGGGGUCCAGAUACCCGGUAUGCAAAAAUUCAAUAGAAAGAAUAUCUAAAAAAUGGGCCGCAAGAACCAAAAACUUGAGAACAAUAUGGCCAGAAAAUGGUACCUUUGAUGUAACAGUGUGUGAGGAAAUGGAGGGAUUAAUUAAAAAUUAUAAACCAAAAGACAGUAGCAAAAAACGAGAAGAAAAGAGAAAAUUAGAACAGGAAGUACUCAACCUGUUCAGAAACGAAGGAGUUAAUUUCCUGAAAAAUAUGAGAAAAAUAAGAGAAGUGUUAAAAAAGGAUGAUGAGAAGAAUGAAGAAAACUUUGAGAAAAUGACUCAGCCACCUCCCUAUGAACCUCCCAGCCAAAAGUUAGAAAAGAUACAAACAUCAACCCAAAUGCCAAUGGUAGCAAUAUCAGGAGAUGUCAAAAUAGAGGGGCAGGUAGAAAUAGGUACAGAAUCACCUGAUAGAAGGGAAGCAGAAAAGAGAAAAAGUGACAGGGCUAGUCAACAAUCCCCAGUUUAUAGAGACCCAGAAGAUGAGGAAGGCAGAGGUGCAUGCAGUCCUGAUCCUUAUAGAGAACUGGCAGAGGCACUGAAAAACAUGACAAAGAGACGUGAGGAGACCUACGAGAGUAUGACAGAAGAUCUAAUGCAAAUACAUACAGAUUCUGCACAUGCUUUAAGUCAAGUUUCAGGCAACGCCUCAGAAGAAGAAGAUGAGGAAGAAGACGAUGCCGUAAAAGCCAGUAGCCAAGAAAGGACACGCCAGCCAGCGAGCAACCAAAGAGUCCGUUCGAGAGCGGCCACAAGAAGUCUGCCAAAAGGGGAGCGAAAGCUGGUCACAGGCAGUCUCUAUCUCCAGGAUGCAGACCUCGAACCGUGGCCACUGCCCUGGACCCGAACUCCAGAAGGGAGACUGAGAAGAUCUGCAAGUACCACCCUCCUUCCUGAAGCCACAAUACCGAAGUCACGCGGCACCAAAGAAGGGAAGCAGUUCCCCAUACUGAUAAAAGGGGCUCAAGCACAAUACGUGCCAUGGGCAUCUCAAGACCUGGAUGGACUGGUUGCACGUCUACCAAACCUAGAUGAAGGGGCAGGCAAGUGGAUAAGGAUGCUGGAGGAGGAGACAACAGGGAAGCUAUUGGCAUUGGGGGAUAUCAAAGCACUCCUUGCCAAAUGCGUGGGAAGUUCCAAGCUGAAUGAACUUUUAAGAGCAGCACACAUCCGAGCGAUUGACAUCCCAGAUCUUGAUGGACACCCAUUCGACAGAUAUAGAAGGGAUAUAUGGCAGGGGUUACGAGACGAAUUUCCCAAUCGCAUCGAUCCCAGAGCACUCAAGGGAGAACAGAUGGGAGAAGAAGAGAACCCUGCCACAUACAUACAGAAACAACUGAGGAAGUGGAAGCAAGAACUUGAAAGAGAUCCUGAAGAAGACUUAUUGAUGACGACAUUGUUCAGGAAUGCUGUUGUUGAUGCAAUGCCUCCGCUAGUUAAGACCAAGCUGGAAGAUGUAGUGGGUCUGAACUCCAAGUCACAUAAAGAGUUCUGUGAUCAUGUGACCCAUGCAGUCAGACAGUAUAGAAGUAAUGAACUAAAGCUGAGGAACCAAGAAAAAGAACUUCAAAGAAAACUGGUACAGCUGCAGCUCGAAGAACUGGCAAGAAAGAAAAAGACGCAAGCCAUGGUCAAAGACAAAGAUGAAGAAAAAGAUCAUGCAGCAAUGAUGGCUCCAGUAAAUGUCCCAGUUCCUAUGACACAGCAACCGGGUGCAGUCACUGUGCAACAGAUACCUGGAAGUGGACCUCAGCAGCCAGCACCUAUCGUCAUCUAUGUGAAGCCUGAACAACAAAAUAGAUUUGGCCCAAGACCUGGGCAGGGAGAGCAAGGAAGACAGAAUAGAGGAAGGAACUCAUGCUGGGGAUGUGGUCAACAGGGGCACAACAGAAGAGACUGUCCUACCAACCCUUGGAAUACAAACCAGCAACAGAGUUCCCAAUGGCAAGCAGGCCAACCACAACGACCUCCAUGGCAAGGUCAGAGGCAGCAGCGACCCCCAGGGCAGGAAGGGCAACAGCAACCCCAAUGGCAAGAGCAGAAUCAACAGGGACCCCGCUGGCAGGACCAACAAAAUCAACCAGAACAAGGACAACAGCAACAGGGACCAGUCAACCCAUGGCGUGGUCCAGAUAUCGGAUACUAGGGCUGCCAAGAAGAUCCUACGGGGAGGGGUCAGCACCCACUGAUAACGGAAGAUGCUGACACAGAACCGAUGCUGCAGGUCAAUAUUGAAGGCAAGAACACACCAAUGAUGAUAGACACUGGAGCAACUUAUACCUGUAUAAGUUCAAGUCAUGCCUCACACCUCCCCAUGUCUGGCAAGUUCACAAAGACAGUAGGAUUUUCCGGGCAAACGCAGCUAAUUCCAAUAACGGCUCCAGUGCGUCUGAGGACAAAGGACAAAGAAGUAACUCUGCCUAUUUUAGUAUCAGAGCAGACCCCUGUUAAUCUGCUAGGGAGGGACGCCCUAUGUAAACUAAAGCUACAAAUAUCAUGUUCCCCUGAAGGUAUUUACAUAAGCAGCAAGGGAGUUAGGCAAAUGGUAGUCACAGCCCCCCAGGCCAAUGCCUACUGGAUAGGAGAUUUAGAGGAAGAGGUAGGAAAGACAGUGCAAAAAUGGGAAAAGUUUGUUAAAGAACAACUAAAAGAUCCUAAGCUACCUGAAUUAGAAUUCCACUGUACCAUGAUAUAUGACCCACUGAGAAGAGUAGACAUAGAGAAAAAGUGGUUGCAAGAAACAAAAGACAAGAAAGUUCCCCUCAUUUCACAGCACAUAAUUGUAGGACCACAAGGAGCGGCAUUACAAGUUGACAGGAAUGAUUUUAUUAAAGAAUGGUUCCAGAUCCCAAAUUCAGUCCCCCAUAUAACAUUAUAUUUAGAGCAGGGAAGUGAGAACAAAGAAAUAGGCCCAAUGAUGAAGAAAGCCAAGGGAAUACAAUGGAAAAGCACAGACAACCCCUUAAUUUUUAUUUCAGCAGAUAAACAUUUCAUGAAAAUUGCAUGUGCAACAAUUAUGCAGGGAACUCCUAGAGAGGUGGAAGUCAAUAAUCAGAGAAACAUGAGUUCGGAAAUCAUCCUAGAAAAAGAGAUGAAACAAACGGAGCUAAUUGAAGAAAUGGAGCAAUUAGUUCCGGAAAAAUUGUGGUCAAAACAUGACACAGAUGUUGGGCUGAUAAAAUCUGCUAGCCCUAUAGUCAUUAAGACAAAAUCAGGGGCUAAGUUGCCACACAAGUACCAAUAUCCCUUAAAACCUGAGGCAAUAAAAGGCAUCAGAGGUACUAUAGAAGGACUAACCACAGCAGGAGUGCUGUUUGAGACAUCCAGUCCUUGUAACACCCCUAUAUUGCCAGUUACCAAAGCGGAUAAAGCAAAAUGGCGCUUGGUGCAUGAUUUAAGGGCAGUCAAUGACAUAGUAGAAGAUUGGCCAGCAGAAGUUCCGAAUCCUCACACCCUGCUUACAAAUGUGCCGCCUGAUGCUAAGUAUUUUACAGUGAUUGAUCUGUGCUCUGCCUUUUUCAGCAUUCCAUUGGCAGAGAGCAGCAGGCAUUUGUUUGCCUUUACUUAUGAGGGGAAGCAAAUAUCCUAUACAAGGGUCCCUCAAGGGUUCCGCCAUAGCCCUCACAUAUUUAAUCAGCUGUUAAAAGCUGAUCUGGAAGAUCUAGUACUGGACAGUACACUUCUCCAGUAUGUGGAUGACUUGUUGAUCUGUGCCCCUACACUUGAGCAAUGCCACAGAGAUUCCAUUAAGGUUCUGACUAAAUUGGCAGAAGGAGGACAUAAAGCCUCCAAGACAAAGCUGCAGUAUUGUCUUCCCCAGGUAGAAUACUUGGGAAGAAUAAUUGCAUAUAAAACCAAAGCAAUAUCACAAAGUCAAUUGGAAGGAAUUAGCAAAGUGCCGCUUCCACAGACUGUUGGUCAUAUGAUGACAUUCCUGGGCAUGACUGGAUUCAGCUCAGAUUGGAUAGAGGAUUAUGCAAUCAAAACUGCCCCAUUAAGAGCCUUAAUGAAACAGGCAGGGCAGCAAAAUCUGAGAACCACACUAACAUGGAAUAAUGAUGCGACAAUAGCAUUUGAAUCCAUUAAAAGAGAACUGCAAAGUGCUCCAGCUCUCACAAGUCCUGACUAUACAAAACCCUUUCACCUCUAUGUAGCUAACAGAAAAGAGGGAUAUGCCUCUGCAGUAUUGAUGCAGGAGACUUGUAAGGGGAGGGGAAAACAGCCCAUUGCCUUUUAUAGUACAAAGUUGGACAGUGUAGCACAGGGGUAUCCUCCUUGUUAUCAAGGACUUGCAGCUGUAUAUUAUGCUUAUGAGAAGGCUUCUACUUUGACCAUGGGAUACCCUGUGAUAAUAUAUGCACAUCACAAGGUGGUUGAAAUGUUGGAACAAGGUAGAUUUGUUUUAACACAGGCCAGAACCCUGGCAUAUUCAGCUCUUUUGACAUAUCCUGAUGUAACAUUAAAAUAUUGUGCUACUGUAAACCCAGCAAAUUACAUACCUCUGGAUAAUGAAGGCACGCCACAUGAUUGUGUGUCUGAAUCGUUGGCGUUUACCCGUCUUAGACCAGAUUUAGAGUCUACGCCCAUACUAAAUGCGGCGGCUGAUUACUUUGUAGAUGGCUCCUGCUUCAGAGACCAUUUAGGAAAUCAUGCUGGUUUUGCUGUGGUCAAACGAGAAGGAAAUGAAUUUCUUCCUGUAAUUUCUCAGCAGUGUGAACAGCCAUGUUCAGCACAACUGGCUGAGUUGAAAGCCUUGACCACAGCUUGCCAGCUAGCAAAGGGGCAAGUUGUAAAUAUUUAUACAGACUCUGCAUAUGCUCAUGGAGUUUGUCAUCUUUAUGGAGCAGUUUGGAAACAAAGAGGGUUCAGGAAAAGUGAUGGUUCCCCAAUACAGCAUGCUGAGCAGAUAGUACAGUUAAUUUCAGCUAUGAUGCAACCUAAACUCUUGGGUAUUAUUAAGUGCCAAGCUCACAAAAAGGGAAAUGACUUUGUAAUACAAGGAAAUAAUGCUGCCGACGCAGAGGCCAGAAAAGCCUCAGGGUGCCAAGUUGCUGUAAUGGCCCCCAUGGUGUUAAUACAACCCGAGCCCCGAAUUACAGACCUUGCUCGCAUACAAGAGCAGGCAAGUGCUGUUGAACAAUCAGUAUGGCAGCAAAGGGGGGCCACAAGAGAUGUAAAUGGAGUAUGGCGAUCUCAUGAAGGACUAAUCAUUGCACCACAUGUUCUAUUGACUGUGUUAAUUUCUGAGACACAUGGAUUUGAUCAUUGCGGUCGAAAUGAGAUACUGAGAAAAAUCAAGCAACAAGGAUAUUGGUCACCUUAUUUGCAAGCGACAGUGGAUGAUUUUCUAAUAGGGUGUGAUAUUUGUGCUCAGAACAAUGAGAAAAGGGACUUCAGCACCUAUAGGACACAUCCCUGUACCCGAGGGACCUUUUAAACACUUGGUAAUGGAUUAUGUCGACAUGAUCAAGUCAGUCAGAGGGAAGAGAUACAUGUUGGUGAUAAUAGAUAGAUUCAGCAGAUGGGUGGAAGCUGUGCCAUCAUCAGACCAGGGCUCUGGGACUGUGAUAAAGUUUUUGACGAGAGAAGUGAUUCCCAGGUUUGGAAUUCCCUCUGAGAUCAGUUCGGACAACGGCUCCUCAUUUAUUCAAAGAACUGUAAAAACUGUCUUGCAACAGUUGCGAAUAAAACAGCGGCUAGGGUGUGUCUACCAUCCCCAAUCUCAAGGAAUGGUUGAGAAGGCAAACGGAACCUUAAAAGCAAAGAUUAGCAAAAUCUGUGCAGACACCAAGUUGAACUGGGUAGAUGCCCUACCUCUGGCACUAAUGAACUAUCGCAUGCAAACUAACAGGACUACAAAUUUGACACCACAUGAGAUGCUCACGGGUAGGCCUAUGCCGGUGCCCUACUUAAGAGGCCCAUAUGAUGGACCGCCUUUGGAACAGCUGCAAGUUGAGUUAAGAACUUACAUGAGACAAUUAACUGCUAUACAUGAGGCUAUAUCUUCACAGGAGCAACGUCGAGGGCCUAGAGAGGACGAAGAAGCUCCAUGUGCAAUCGUACCAGGAGACAAAGUGUAUCUAAGAGUCUUCAGAAGAAAAUGGAAUGAGCCAAGACGAGAGGGGCCCUACACAGUCACAAGAGCAACACCAACGGCAGUACAAGUGGAGGGGAGUACUACCUGGUACCAUCUGAAUCACUGCACCAGAGUACCACAACUGCGACGGCGAGAUCCUGAGCAACCUGACGAGGAAGCCGAGGACCUAUCGGAGACUUCAGACGAAGGUCAGAGCCAAGAUGAUAGUCAAAGAACCCCUGAGGGGAUUCCAGAGUCCGCGCCAGAGACGCCGAGGGCAGCUGAGGGACCGGAGCAGCUCCCACAGCACGAGCCAGAGCAGAGGACACAGCAGGAGGAGCCACACCAGGAGCCAGAGCCGGCACAGUCAGAGCACGCAUCACAGCCAGAGCAGGAGUCCGACGAGCCAAGACAGAGCACAGAACAGAGACACCCGGAGGAACAUGCUAUCAGGACUUUAUACGAUCCUGACAUACAUGGGGAACAUAGUGCAGCUCGAGAUAGCCGCCAUAGACCAGAAUCAGACACCAUCCCAACCGCAACAGGCGCCGGUGAACCACGGCCGGGCCCAGGUCGGGAGGGAGAUGCAGGACCUUAUGGUCACGGUACUACUCUUGAUGAGCUUGGUGCAGACCAUACCACAGACCGAGAGUUUGCCAGCCCAGAAUUAUCCGACGAACAACUACUGGCAGAAGAGUUCCCAACAAUUGACUUGUCAGCACUUGAAUGGACACCCUACGAGUUCAACAUGUGAUGAAGCGCCCCAGUAUGAGAGACUUUGGGACAUUGCUGUUCAAAAUGAAUGGUACAGGUGGGCACACUUCACAGUGGACCAGUCGUACAUGGAUAGUUGCGUGUUUUGCACCCCGUCACCAUUGAGCAAACUGUUCGUUGUACCAAACCCAUAUGAUUACAGACAUUGCGCUGGACAUUAUGUAGGGCACUGCAGUGCCAAGAGAAACACUGUUCCUUUUUGCCAUGCAGAAUGUUUAGCCCUGGCAGGCCGUGAAAAUAGGGAACGUUACUAUGCUCAUUCAUUAUGGGGAGAGGAGUGUAUGGAUAUUGAUGUGAGGAUCCCAACAAAUAUGAUUGAAGUUCCCGCAGUUUAUGAAAUAGAUUAUACAUUGCAGUACGAAUGUUACAAUAGCACAAAUGAAAAAGAGGGCAAUAAUGUGGGAAUUUUUGAAGGGAAUUGUAUAACUAUUUGGCAUUUAGAUAAGACUAUGAGAGGGCAGCAGGGGAUAAUAAGACAAUGGAAUAAUAAAUUUGCUUCCGCUACAAUUUCAGAUAAUUUCACAGUGAUAGGAUGGGAAAAUUGCCCAAAAAUGACAAUAGGAUGGCCCUUGAUUGAAUCGUAUGAAAAUCAGGCUAAUGCUAUAGCUGAUUACUUUUGGGUUUGUGGUGGAGGCAAACUAAGACCAACACUACCAAAACACUGGAGAGGUUUAUGUGCAAGAGUAAAGCUAAUACAAGAUGCCACUAUGAUCACAUGGGAUCCGAAUGAGAAUGUUAAAAGUGAGCCAAAACAGAAAAUAGUGAAAAGGGCCUAUCAGAGUGACCCAAAUGUUUACAUAGAUGCCAUUGGUCAACCUAGAAAUAUCCCACACCAGUUUAAAGCAAGAGAUGAAGUUAAAUCUGGAUUUGAGUCUAUUUUUGUAUGGAUUACCCCAAAUAAGAACACAGAAUGGAUAAAUUAUCUGUAUUACAAUCAACAAAGGUUUAUUAACUACACAAAUGAUGCACUUAAAGCUCUUGGAGAACAACUAGCCCCAACAAGUAAAAUGGCAUGGCAGAAUAGACAAGCUCUGAAUUGGUUAUUAGCUGAAAAAGGAGGAGUCUGUGUAAUGUUUGGAGAAGAUUGCUGUACUUACAUUCCUAAUAACACUGCCCCUGAUGGAUCUUUUACUCAUGCUAUGGAGAAGUUGAAAAACCUUAGAGAUGAAAUAACGGCUAAUGCAGGAAGAGAUGUGGCAUUUGGGACAUGGUUUGAGACAAUGUUUGGGUCCUGGGGAAAAUGGCUGACCAAAGUAGGAAUAACGAUUGCUGUUGUAUUAAUGAUCUUUGCAAUAUUGUUCUGUUGUGUUCUCCCCACACUAAGAUCGUUGUUGGUUAAGGCCACAGCUAGACAAAUGUUACUGCAUACAGAGAUAAAUGUGCAACAUGACUCUGAAGCAUUUAUGUUAACCAUGAUUACAGCAAUGGACAAAUGUGAAGAAUCUGAGACCCCUUAGCUUGUUAAACAACCAAACCAGAAAAAGGGUGCCACUUUUAUUUUGCUAUUAUGACUCUGUUUGUAUAUAAGAAAGGGAGAAAGUCUAGAAUUGUAUUUCCUUUUGGGGCGUGUAGCGUAGUUAUAUUAUUUUAGAUAUAAAUAGGUAGGAAGAUAGCUGAUGUUUUGUUUGUUGUUUUUGGCAAAAAACCCUUUCCCCUUGUUUUUGUUUGCCCAUGACAGAUCCCAAAAUGACAAUAAGAGGGACAUGCAUUAUGUGUUUCUUUCUUUCUUUUUCUCUUUCUGCUACUAUUAUCACAAUAUAGAGGCCAAGGCUGGGUGUGUUCCUGGGAGAGAGUUGCAGGGGAUCAUCAAACUGACGUCAGCAGCGAGGUACAGAAGACGACAGGAAGUUAAGAUAGGAUGGAAGCGACGCCUUCCACUGCAGGAGGAAGAAUACGCAUGGGGAAGGCAACAACACUGGAGUGAGAGAGUGGUGCUACAUCCUUCACGACCGUGGUACCCCAGACUACACCUAGGACCAGCAGCACGACAAAUACUGGAACAAGAUCCAGCGGUUCUGGCCGUAGGACAUUCAGUCGCUGUUCAAGCCUAUUACGACAACCUGGCUGGAAUAACUAUUGUCUUUUUCUUUACACAACCUGGACAACGACCAGUUAUAAAUCGAGCGCAGAACAUUUUGACAACUACACGUCACAACUUACCUAUCACGGAGUGGGAAUACCAGUGUGCACAUUACCCAAGAAACUAGACCUAAGAAAGGAAUACAUGAUUGAUGUCAGCUGCCUUUAAGCAGUUUGCUGAGAAGUUCAGGCCAUAUCAUAUGAUCGAUUCUCCACACCGACAACCACCUGCGGACCGAAUAAGAAGGACAUCGCUCUAUUUUCCAUCAAGAAGUGAAUGUACUGAGAGACAGUGUUGUUAUGACUUGGUGAUCUCUGGUUAUGUGUCUGCAUUUUCAGGACAAAGACAACCACAGUCACACAUAGACACUUUGAGAUUGUUACCGCGGGAUGAUGCUAUACUGGCAGUAGGAUUUACUUCAACACAAGAGGAUACAUGGACUGAAAGAAAACCUAGUUGGACUUUGACUGUGUACACCCAAUAUUUGCUUUGGCCCUCAAUUAACCUACAUACAGGGAUUUUGACAUUAAAACCACAUAAUUGUCAUACACGAUUCAAAGCGGGAUCCAGGUUAAAACCAGGUCAGUGGAUGAUCUUCAAUUAUCGUACCGAAGGAUACGAGGUGAAUUGAACCGUAGCAGCUAUCACAAUGGAAGGAAAGCGACACCCAUGGCAUCCCAGGGGGUUUCGAGGACUGUGCGGAGAGCGAGGCAUAGCUUCUAUGAUGUUCAUUUUAACAUGUGUAAUAAUAAUACCAAUUAUUAUGAGAAACGGCAUGAAUAUGGAUCCAAAUGACAUGGACGUCUUGAACACUACCUUGGGACGGGUGGACUGUGGAGUAAAUGGUACAUCAUCUGAACAUUUCUUCGGCGAUCUACUGGUUCCAGAGUCUGAGUCAAAGCAUCAAAAGAAAAGACGAAGUGUCAACAGCAAGAUGAGACAGCCUUCCGACGCAUGGAUGGAACACCCCAAUCCCCCUCAUCAUUAUGCUACUAACAUGUGGUGGAGGUUGACGAAUCAUACCGUAAGAAUGAAUGCUGCCGGACACUGUUAUGUUUGUGCUCACUUUCCUCACAGCACCACCGGAGGGGAUUGGUGGCCACAUCAGAAUCCCAACAACACAUUUGAAGCAGCCAAGGCUGCAGUAGCAGCUGCUGGACGAAAGAAAGGCCUUGACGCUAAAUUACGAGAAGAAAUAGGACUAAAGUUACCCCAAAUUGAUGAGAAUAUGAUGCACGACACUUGGAUUCCACACCCUCUUCCUAAUAGACUUUUUGCUCAGAUAGCAACUGUUAAACAUGUCCCUAACUAUCUAGUCUGUUAUGAAAGAAAGUCAGGAAGUCAUGCUUUGGGGACGAUACCAGAGCAAAAAUGUUCAGACAUCUAUAAGCCUAUAAGCAAAUCGGUGAAACAAAGUUGUAUGGCCUGUCUUCGGUAUGCAGACGACUUAAAUCCCCCUGUUACAACUUUCACCGUUACUCAUAAAGUACCACAGCCACUUGUUACCUACCAAUAUCUUCUUACUUCCGAAAAAGGACGAGCAAAAUGUCCAUCAUGCUCAACUGUGCAUGUUCCUGAUCGCAAGGGAACUGGAGUCGUUGAAGGAUACUAUUGGCUCUGUGGCUAUCAAAUAUAUUUGUCACUACCAAAGAACUGGACAGGACUGUGUGCUUUGGUUCAGUUACAUGGAGGAGUUAUUAUCUUGCCUCAUCAAGCAAUGAACAGUCAACGGCGUGUGAGAAGAGGAUUGUUCAACUUCCUAACAGACAGCCCAGUGCCAAAAAAUCAUCACAUAUGGACAGUUGCAGAAAAGAUUGCGGUUGCAUUUGCUCCAGCAAUAGGAGUAGAAUCACUGAUGACUGGUUUGGAAAUCACUAGAUAUGAGUUUUCUUCAUUCAUCAACACAACAAAACUCAUGAUGAAAGGAAUCAAGGAAGAAUUACAAGGAUUACGUCUUACUGCUCUUCAGAAUCGUUUGGUAUUGGAUCAACUUACUGCAUCGCAAGGAGGUGUUUGUGCUAUGAUUGGAGAGACUUGUUGCACAUACAUACCAGACAACGAUGCAGAUGGACAUCUCAUCGAACAAGGAAUACAAAAUAUUUCAAUGCUUUCUGCCAUGAUGGCAAAGGAUGAAGUAGAUUCAGAUAAUUGGAUAUGGAACUGGCUUAACAACAUAUUUCCCAAUUUGCAUAAUAUAUUGAUGUUGAUAAUCUGCAUUGUGGCGCCAAUUCUGAUGUUACUGUGUCUUUGGCCUUGCAUAAUGCAGGCGGUAAGGAGGAUUGCUAGACCUGCUCCUCACCAUCAGAUGGUAGUAUACUCAGUCAGAGACGAUCAAUUUUUUGCAAUCUAAUACAGAGGGCAUUGUUAUUAAGUAAAUGGUAACAAGCAGGAGUUGUCCGUGUUACGAGAUAACCUAAUCGGUCAGAUGGAUUUCUAUUUUUAUAGCUUAUAAGCAUGUCCUUUUAAGGCAAUAACUAUUAUCAUUACUGUUGAUUAUUCUUGCUCACGCACACAUAUAUUCGUUUUGAAGCACACAUAUAUUCAUUUUGAAGUACACAUAUAUUCGUUUUGUAGAACACAUAUUUUAAGUAGAAAUUCCUCCUAUGUUAGUAAUAAUCAUGUGUGGGACUCUUACGGAGUCCCAAAGGGGGGAAUAUAUUGUGUAUAAUUCUGAUCAUAUUCUGUGUACUAUGGGGCUUUUUAUUUACCCCGAUUAUAAAGAAGUAUUCAUAGGAAUGUUUGUAACAAAGACGUGUUAGUAGAUCAGAAAUCACAUUAACUUAGAGAUGAGUAUUGGAGUAGAUCAGAGAGUAGAUCAGAAAUCACAUUAACUUAGAGAUGAGUAUUGGAACGAUAAGAUUGUUUGAAUGAUAUAAUCAAUACAUUUAUGCAUGAUUCUUGACUUUAUGAACUAUUUUAAUCAUUUUCAGUAAUACAAAAUCCAGGGAUGGUGUGAAGGCCAGACCCAAAUAAAUUAUAGCACAGCUCAUUUUUGAAAAGCCAGAUGGCACAACUUAUUUUUUAAAAAAUUAAGUCAAGGUUGAGAUUCCACUAUUAGACAUGAAACCUUGUUGCCUAAAGAUAAUGGUGGCAGACAAGGACAGUUAGGAUGAUAAAAAAUAAAGUUGAUAACGGGUAAUUACCUGAUUGGUUCACCUUUGAAAAGUUUCACUAUAAGUAGAGGCUGGAAAACACCAAGUUUUCAGAUGUUUUGGGGACUUGGAACAUCUCACUUUGUUUGACUUGUACAAAUAAAGUUGAAACUUUGACACCUGGA